GGGGCGGAGCCGCUGGGGUGGGGCGGGGCAGGGCAGGAGCCUACCCGGGGACUCCAACCCGGAACUAGUCUCAGCUCUCUUGGGAAGGCUGCGGCCCUCUGGCCAGCAGCGGGAACCUGACCCGUCAGUGCGGGCCACGGGGUCCAGGCCUUGAACAGAGGGACGUCCUCGUUCUCGGAGGCACCAGAGCAGGCGCGCUCUUGGCCGGAGCUUGGACGGUCUGGAAACUACAGGCGCACCUGCCCUGGCUGGACCAUGGCGCCCCCGCGGAACGUGGUGAAGAUUGCGGUCCAGAUGCCUGACGCCAUCCCGCAGCUCAUCCAGCUGGACCAGGCAAAGCCACUGGCCGCUGUACUGAAGGAGGUGUGCGACGCGUGGAGCUUGGUUCACGCGGGAAGCUAUGCCCUACAGUUUGCUGAUGGGCAUAGGAGAUAUAUCACUGAGAACAACCGAACAGAGAUCAAGAACGGCAGCAUCCUGUGCCUCAGCACUGCCCCAGUAAUGCCCUUCCUGACCCCGCCCUCAUCCCCUGCCCUUUUUCAAUCCCUCUUUGCCUUCCACCCUCCUCUCUGCCCACAAGGGGACUCUGGACCCCAGCUCCGCAGUGCCCCACCUAGUGGACAUCUGAGUCUCCACACCUCUAGUUCCUGCUCCUUAACUUCACCCAGCCUCCUCACCUCUCCCACCCCUGCCCAGGACCUUGAGGCUGAACGGCUGUUGGGUGGGCUGCAGAGUGGGAGUCGUGAAAGGCGCCGGGAAACUCUGCAGCACCUCGUCUCACUGGCCCCAGACGUGACCUUUGCCCAGGAGGUCAUCAGCCGCGAUGGGCUUCAGAGACUAGGCACCAUUAUUGAGGAUGGGGAUGACUUAGGGGAGGUGCUGACCCUCGCACUGAGGGCCUUUUUGGAGCUCAUGGAACAUGGCAUGGUGUCCUGGGAGACGCUGAGCAUCCCCUUUGUUAGGAAGGUGGUAUGCUACGUGAACAUGAACCUGAUGGAUGCAUGGGUGCAGCCCCUGGCCCUCAGGCUGCUAGAGAGUGUGACCUUGAGCAGCCCUGCCCUGGGCCAGCUGGUCAAGAGUGAGGUGCCACUGGAUAGGCUGCUGGUGCACCUACAGGUGAUGAACCAGCAGCUCCAAACCAAGGCUAUGGCAUUGCUGACAGCCUUGCUACAGGGGGCCAGCCCUACUGAACGUAAGCACAUGCUUGACUACUUGUGGCAGAGAAACCUUCGCCAGUUCAUCUAUAAGAACAUCAUCCACAGCGCAGCGCCACUGGGUGACGAGAUGGCGCACCAUUUGUAUGUACUGCAGGCCCUUACACUGGGGCUGCUGGAGCCACGCAUGAGGACGCCCCUGGACCCCUACAGCCAGGAGCAGCGGGAGCAGCUGCAGGCCCUGCGCCAGGCUGCCUUCGAGUCGGAGGGGGAGUCUCUGGGCUCCGGGCUGAGUGCGGACCGUCGCCGUUCCCUGUGUGCCCGCGAGUUCCGAAAGCUGGGCUUUUCCAACAGCAACCCCGCGCAGGAUCUCGAGCGCGUGCCCCCUGGCCUGCUGGCCCUGGACAACAUGCUCUACUUCUCCAGACACGCACCCAGUGCCUACAGCCGGUUUGUGUUGGAGAACAGCAGCCGUGAGGACAAGCACGAGUGCCCCUUUGCCCGGAGCAGCAUCCAGCUGACAGUGCUGCUGUGCGAGCUACUCCGCGUCGGGGAGCCCUGCUCCGAAACAGCCCAGGACUUUUCGCCCAUGUUCUUUGGCCAAGACCAGAGUUUCCAUGAGCUCUUCUGUGUGAGCAUCCAGCUGCUGAAUAAGACCUGGAAGGAGAUGCGGGCCACCCAGGAGGACUUUGACAAGGUCAUGCAGGUGGUGCGGGAGCAGCUGGCCCGUACACUGGCCCUGAAGCCCAGCUCCCUGGAGCUUUUCCGUACCAAGGUGAAUGCGCUCCCCUAUGGGGAGGUGCUGCGGCUGAGGCAGACGGAGCGGCUGCAUCAGGAGGGCACGCUGGCCCCUCCCAUACUGGAGCUACGGGAGAAGCUGAAGCCAGAGCUCAUGGGCCUGAUCCGCCAGCAGCGUUUGCUCCGCCUCUGCGAGGGGACACUCUUCCACAAAAUCAGCAGCCGGAGGCGCCAGGACAAGCUGUGGUUCUGCUGCCUGUCCCCCAACCACAAGGUGUUGCAGUAUGGGGACGUGGAGGAGGGCGCCAGCCCACCCACCCUGGAGAGCCUGCCUGAGCAGCUCCCUGUGGCUGAUAUCAAAGCACUGCUAACAGGCAAAGACUGCCCCCAUGUCCGGGAGAAGGGCUCAGGGAAGCAGAACAAGGAUCUCUAUGAGUUAGCCUUCUCCGUCAGCUAUGACCACGGGGAGGCGGAGGCAUACCUCAACUUCAUCGCCCCAUCCAAACGGGAGUUCCACCUGUGGACAGAUGGGCUGAGUGCCCUGCUAGGAAGUCCCAUGGGCAGUGAGCAGACUCGGCUGGACCUGGAACAGCUGCUGACGAUGGAGACCAAGCUGCGGCUGUUGGAGCUGGAGAAUGUGCCCAUUCCCGAGCAGCCACCGCCCAUCCCCCCGCCCCCCACCAACUUCAACUUCUGCUAUGACUGCAGUAUUGCUGAAUCUUGACAGUGAGGUUGGCCAUGGGCCUCAGCUGCUGGCAUUCGUGACCGUGAAGGGUGGAGGGUGGAAAAGCCCAGACACCCUGACCAGCAGAGGCUGCAGCAGAAAUAAAGUCUGCUUGACUCUUG